AUGUAUGGAAGCGAUGUAACCGGUACCAUGGGUUAUGCAAAUUUUAUAGGAAGUGAACAGGAAGGAUCUUAUACUCGAAUCGAAAUACGAUUUCAUUUAUCGAAUGAAUCAUAUCCAAACAUUUCGCCCUCUUUUGAAAUAACCGAACUCGAUGGAAUAGCCCAAUCCUACAAAUCUACGCUUAUUUCCGAGCUAUCUCAGCAGGCGUCCCUGUUAACCGGCACGCCGAUGCUGCUGCCCUUGUUGUCCUUUUUGCAAGAAUGGAUUGACAACUACUCGAUCAAAAACAAGGAGAAAUUAUCAGCACCUGUACACAUUCUCACAAAGAUCCUGCAAGACACUACACUUUCAAGCACGCCGCAUGAGUCAUCUUUAAAUGUAUUGGGGCUAGACGAUGCUGAAAAUGAGCUGAAUAGAGAGGAUAUAGCCCUUGUUACAGAGGAAGCCUUUUUAGAAUGGAAAACGUCGUUUUACGCUCACAAAGUUGAUGCCAGCAAGCCAAAGACAUCUUCAGGCACCCAAAAACUGACCGGAAGGCAGUUAUUUGAGCGAAAUUCAGUAGAACAGCAGUCGGACUCUGCUGGUUGCUUGGCCGAAGAUGAAGAAGUUGUUGAGGUGAACUUUGCCCUCUUCCAUGACUCUUCGCCCGAAAACAGCGAGCCUCAAACAGAAGAUGAGGCAGAUUUUAGUUAA